GUCGCUAAAAAUUGUCUUGUUUUAAACAAUUUUCUUUCGUCGACCUUAUUUUCAUUGUAGUAACUCAGGUUACAGUUCUUUCAAACGUAUUUGGUUACUCAGUUUCCGUGGUUUCGUAAGAGAAUGUCAAGGCAUCCUCGUGAUAGAUGGGAGUACCCAGCUGGGCCCGGCGAUCAUCGCUUCGACUAUCGCUUUGACAAUCAGGUCCCGUUAACUAGAGAGGAUUUCCAUUAUCGAGAGAGGUCCCCGUUGAGAAGGUACAGCAAUCCACCAGACCCUUAUCACUAUGAGUUGUACGAUUAUGCCGACGCGUACAGGAGACGUCCCGUUUACGAUCCCCAAUCUUACCCAACGCAUAGCGAUUUUACACCGGACGAUGCGGACAUUAUAGAAGACGUAGUGACGGAAGAGUAUCAUCCGAAUGAAUGGGAGGACGAAGAUGAGGAUCUUAUCGUAGUCAUGCGUUCGUGGCGACCACGUGGUAGAGAUCCGCAUACCGACAGCGGGACGAAGGCCGCUGAGACGAAUGGGGUCGGGGCGAGUGGGACGAGUACGAGUGGAGCCAGUACGAGUGGGGCUGGGGUGAACGGAACCAGACCAAGCGGUUCGUCAGUAACAGAAGCAGAGCCUGAAUUAGUUCCUGAUCAUAGAGUACCAAACCAGCAGCCAGACGACGAAAUGUCAUGCGUUCCUCUUUCGAUUGUCCCUAAACAAAUUUGUCAGGAGAUUGCAUCAUUGCUCGUAUCUGGAGUGACUACGGUCCAGUCAAAGGAAGUAUCAAAAGAAUUUCCACUGAAAUUUGAGGAGGAAGGCUUUUCGCUUAUGCCACUGAAAUUAGAUAGUUGGAUGAGUCGCCGGGCGAAAGAGAAGGGCGUGUUUAAACUCAUUAACGCCAGAGAGGAAGCACUUGUGAAAACUCAACUAAAGAUUAUGGAUAUAGGCCCACCGCUUAUCGAUGUGUAUACAAAACUGACGGCCGUGGCGGACGAAUCAGCUGAGGCCCACGAGCUCCUGUUCACGGGAAAUUUUCUUGACCUCAUGUUGAAAGAGGCAAGCCAAGAUGAAACCUUGGCGAGACGGGAUAAGGCGACUGCGGUCGCGACCGGCCGGAGAAACCCAGUUCGGUCGACCAGACGGGACCAACCGAGAGAUCCUCCAAGUCAUCAAGUGCAUUUUGGGGAUUACCAGCAGAGCGACCGGGGCAGGGGACGCGGACGGAGAGUUUUUAUGGAUCUUAGAGGCGGCCGCGGACGCGGUAGCAUCAGUAGAAGGUACGAGUUAUCUCAUCUUUUACCUUCUAGUCCUCGUUCAUACAAUUAUUCCCCUGAAAGGGCUAAAGUCGGUGCGAGGCUGCUAGGUUUUGCGCAUUAUUGGACUACUGUAACCGACGAUCAAACAGCAUUCAUUGCCUCACGAAGUCGUAAUGUCGGAUGAGAUGCAAUCCAUCUGCAAUUCCGAACUUUCUAG